AUGACCGGACCAAUUAAGAGCCCAGCAGACACUCUAACUGAGGAACAGACUGACGUGCUGAGGGAGCUUCUGACGCUGAGGAAUAUGUGGUAUGUGGCUAGUCAUGUUAGCCAUAAGGCAGCUAUCAUGUCCCUUGCCUGGAAGAGCCUGGCUGCUCAGCCAGGAGCAGCAGACUCUUUCCCUGGUUGCAGGUUGGGAAUCAUCCUCCUGUCCUGUCCGGCUAGCGCUGCUAGUCCUCCGCCUGUCCUGCCUGUAUCCUGCCCGGCUAGCGCUGCUAGUCCUCCGCCUGUCCUGCCUGUAUACUGCUCGGCUAGCACAGCUAUUCCUCGGCAUGUUCGGCCUGUAUCCUGCUCGGCUAGCGCUGCUAGCCCUCCGCCCGUCCUGCCUGUAACCUGCUCGGCUAGCGCUGCUAGCCCUCCGCCUGUCCUGCCAGUGCCCUGCUUGACCAGUGCGGCUAGCCCUCCACCUGUCCUGCCAGUGCCCUGUUCGACCAGUGCGGCUAGUCCUCUGUCUAGCCUUGCCCCAUCGGUGGUCCGACCGGCCGCAGCUCCGUUGGUGGCCGGUCCAUGGUCAUCAGCCCAGCUGCUCAGGCGGUGGUUCUCAGCCCUGCCGUCCUGUCCGUGGACCUCAGCCCGUGGACCUCAGCCCAGCUGUCUCGCCAGUGGUCCUCAGUCCAUCUCUGCCACUUGA